ACCCAUCAAGCUAGCUGUCCUCGCAACUAUGUCUUUCUCCAACUUUGCCUUCUCUCUAUGUCUAAUAACCUUUUCUCUCCUUCUCCACACUGUUUUUGGAGCAGGCCCAAAUUUCCAUUUAUGUUCAUCUCCUGAGAACUUCACUGCCAAUGGCCCUUAUGAAUCCAACCUAAACAAGCUCACUAGUUACCUUUACUAUAAAGCCCCUCCUACAGGUUUUGGUAUGGGUUCAAGAGGCCACACCCCGGACCAAACAUACGGGCUUGCUCUUUGUAGAGGUGAUGUCUCAACUUCAGAUUGCAAAACCUGUGUUGUUGAGGUGAGCAGUGAGAUUCGAAAGCGCUGCCCAUACAACAAAGCAGCUAUCAUUUGGUAUGAUAACUGCCUUUUGAAGUACUCAAACAAUGCGUUCUUUGGCCAAAUUGAUAAUGGAAACAAGUUCUACAUGUGGAACGUGCACGUUGUGAGUGAGCCUGCUCCAUUCAAUGAGAAGACCAAAGAGCUUUUGAGCCAGCUUGCCAAUGAAGCUCAAGCAACCCCCAAGUUGUUUGCAACAGGAGAGAGGGAACUAGGAAAAUCAACCAAGCUUUAUGGUCUGGUUCAGUGCACUGGGGAUCUUUCUAGUGCUGUUUGUAAGAAAUGCCUUGAUGGUAUAAUUGGGGAACUCCCAAUCUGCUGUGAUGGGAAACAAGGUGGCAGGGUUGUUAGCGGGAGUUGCAAUUUCAUAUAUGAAAUAUACCCUUUUGUCAAUGCUUAACUACUUGUCGAAUAUUGUCGAUCGAGGGCUUAAGCAGACUAUAGUAUCGGUCUGUCACCCUUGUCAUAUGUGUAUGUACUUCAUGUUUUAGUCACUUUCAUGUAUUUCUGAAUAAAGUUCUGUGUGGUUUUAAGA